AGGACCGAUUGAAACACGAUAUAUUCGUUAGGAAGUGAAAGAUAACAUCAUUUGCCACCACCGACUUCCAAGUAUCCAGCUUCUGAAGAACAGCCGAAUUUCUACUUUACCUUAAUAUUUACUCGGAAUAAGAUAUCGUGUGGCACGCACAUUUUGUUAGAGGUAGCUACCUUAUGUACCUAAGGUAAACUCUAAGGUAAACUCCAAGGAUCGCUACCAGAAGAACAAGAACAAAGUGGGAAAUAUUAAAGGUUUUUGUCUGAUAGGUACCUAACUUAGAACUUAUCGAAUGACGAAACUCUGCUGUAAACGAUCAGACUACUGCGGAGUACACUGUACAAAAUUUUAGUCUCAACGGCCCGCUCGUCUAAAGAAAAAAAGAAGAAGAAAAAAAAGAUGGAAGCUAAUAAUACCACUAAUACCAAGUCGGGUCGCAGUCUGAGCGGCUCUGGCAAGAGACUUUCCUGGUCAUUGUCGCAUUCCCGCACCCGCUCACCAUCAUCUGUAGCCAGUAGCAUCGCAAGUUCUAUAGCAAGUGGGAAGAGCCGACAUGCUGAGCCUCUUGGGACUACUAAUGUAUCAGUCGAACCCGCGAGCUUAUCCAUGCCACCUCUAGCUAGACCAUUAAAACCGCCCCAUCUUUCUCCAUCUCCAUAUCGUACACGCGAGUCAUCUGGGUCCGAUAUCUGGAAUGAAGACUUCCACCCUGGUACUACUACUAUGCCCGACGAAGUUGCUGUCGACGACAUUGAGAAUACCCCGAAACAACAGCCUGGCCAUUCUGUCUCCGACACAAAUUCCCCUUAUCAGCUACCGGAACCUGCAGUGAACCAACCCCCUCCAACCGCAGAGCGCGAAGUAGAAAAACGCGUUUCUGUUUCGUCUGUUUUCUCUCUUGCGUCGUCCCGGGGAGUCGCAAGCUCUGCUCCCUCGACAAACGGAUCGGACGGUGGCGGCGGUAUCCAACGCCCAGUAUCAGGCAUCAUGGCUUCUGGUAAAGGCUUGGGUCUAUCCCCAGGUCAAUCUGAGUCUGGAGUGUCCAACGUAACAGUCACUACAUCUUCCAAUUCCAAUUCCUCGCACCCCGUUAGUGGCCUCCAAUUAACUGCGCGGGAAGCUCAUCACGCCAAUCCUCUGGACCUUGUCAAACGAAACCCUGCACCUACGUCAAACCCGGCUCCUCGGCCUCCCGUAACUCGGUCGCGAAGCAGGGCUAAGCGACGGUUAAGCGGUAGCACAGCGAAUAGUAGCCACAGCCAUAGUAGUGAACGAGGCCCUCACUCUAGAGAGAAGGAAGAGACCAAGCCGGCUCCAUGGGGUAUCAUUGGUGUAUGCGCGCUAGAUUCUAAGGCCAGAAGCAAGCCAAGCAGGAAUAUUCUUAACAGAUUAAUUUCAAACCGUGAAUUCGACGUUGUAGUGUUUGGGGAUAAGACAAUCUUAGACGAAGAAGUAGAAAACUGGCCGAUAUGCGACUAUUUGAUAUCUUUCUAUUCAGAUGGUUUUCCUUUGGAAAAGGCCAUAGCUUAUGUCAAAGCCAGGAAACCGUUCUGCGUCAAUGACCUACCGAUGCAGAAGGUACUUUGGGACAGGCGACUAUGCCUACGGAUACUUGAUCAGAUCGAAGUACCGACCCCGAAACGAGUCGAAGUGAACCGUGACGGCGGCCCGAGUAUACUUACCCCGGAUAUUGCGAAGCAUAUAAAAGAUGUUACGGGCAUUACCCUCGAGCCCAGCGGACCGGAAAGCUACCGCUACCCUCGCAAGGUAGAAUUGCUUGACGACGGUGAUAUUCUAAGCGUAGAUGGUACCCUGUUAAAGAAACCGUUCGUCGAGAAACCAACUAGCGGCGAAGACCACAACAUCAUUAUCUAUUUUCCAAGAUCCUCUGGCGGGGGUGCCCGGAAGCUCUUUAGGAAAAUUGGCAAUAAGAGUUCGGAGUUUGUCAAUGAUCUCACCAUUCCCCGUGCUAUUACCGAACCGGAGGGUAGCUUCAUUUAUGAGAAGUUUAUGCAGGUAGACAACGCAGAAGAUGUAAAGGCCUACACAGUCGGGCCGCACUACUGCCACGCCGAGACAAGAAAAUCCCCCGUCGUGGACGGUAUCGUCCGGCGCAAUACGCACGGCAAGGAAAUCCGGUAUGUUACCGCGCUGUGUCCGGAAGAGAAGGAGAUCGCAAGCAAGAUUGCCAAUACGUUUGGACAACGCGUCUGCGGGUUCGAUCUACUCCGAGCAGGCGGUAAAAGCUAUGUCAUAGAUGUUAAUGGUUGGAGCUUUGUCAAAGACAAUGAAACCUACUACGAUCACUGUGCGGGUAUCCUGAAGGAGAUGUUCAUUAAAGAGAAGAUUCGUCGUGGGGGACCAACGCCGCCUCUUCCAUCACCCACUAUUUCCGAUAUUGGUGAUCCGCUAACUAGAGCUAUUUUUAGUAGCAAGGAGAAAGAUGCAUUGGCUGGUACAAGGCAGCCAAAAUCCGUAGGAAGCGCAGGUACAGUUUCCCCCGAGGAGGGCAAAGAAGGUAAAGAUGAGCAGGGCACAGCAAAUGCCUCGCCGUCUAAGUCUGAUGCGGGAGUGGCGGGUAUCGCGUCAAGACUGCAAAGUGGUAUCAUUGGCCCUAUAACUUACCUCACAGGUAGUUCUGCUGCAAGCAGCUUACCAACUACGGCCCCUCCGACUCUUCCGGCCACACCCUCAAGUAGAGCAGAAGAGAAAACUGACCAGCUGGAAGAGCCGACACCACCUCCCCCUCCCCCCAAACAUUCGUGGAAGCUUAAGGGAAUGGUCUCUGUCAUCCGACAUGCAGACCGUACCCCAAAGCAGAAGUACAAAUUUACAUUUCACACGCAACCAUUUAUCGACCUUCUCAAAGGCCACCAAGAAGAAGUGCUCCUUAUUGGAGAGCCUGCUUUGGCCAGCGUCCUCGAUGCUGUCGACCUAGCCUUGAAGGCUGGCGAGGAAGACCGUAAUAAGCUUAAAUCUCUUCGUAACGUGUUAGUCAAGAAAGGAGGAUGGGCAGGCACAAAAGUUCAAAUCAAGCCAAUGUUUCGUAAGAAGAAAACGGCCGAAAUGAACGAAUCACCUCCAAAGGUUACCGAGGGAGUAAAGAUGGAGUCUGAGACUGUAGACAGCGUACCCGAAGGGACGGGAAAUAAAAAGGAGCCAGACCAAACCCUUGCCAAAGAGCAGUCGAAUGCCGAAGACGGUCAGCACCGGCCUGAUCCUCCGGAAGGGAUCGUAUCUGACUCUGAACAAGAGCCGAAAUUCCCACCGCGACGCCAAGAUUCUAUGUCAGGGGUAACAAUGUCCAAGUUCACCGCAGCCGACAAUAGUUUCGUUUUGGAUAAGUUGCAACUUAUUGUGAAGUGGGGAGGUGAACCGACUCAUUCGGCACGUUACCAGGCACAAGAAUUGGCACAAAAUAUGCGUAACGACUAUCUCCUACUAAAUCGUGCUAUUCUGGACCAAGUCCACGUAUUCAGCAGCUCUGAGAGGCGAGUCACAGCUAGCGCGCAGAUUUGGACAGCUUCGUUUAUAGAGAAGAAUGAACUUCCAGAAGAUUUCAUUACCAUACGAAAGGACUUGUUGGAUGAUUCCAAUGCGGCCAAGGAUGAAAUGGAUAAAGUCAAGAAAAAGCUAAAGGGCUUAUUACGGAAAGGAAACGAACGGCCAUCGCAGUUUGCUUGGCCAGAAGGAAUGCCAGAGCCUUCCGAAGUGCAAACACGAGUUGUUCAGCUGAUGAACUUCCAUCGUCGUGUAAUGCAGCACAAUUAUAGCAAACUGCAAACUGGCGCUGUAAACUCGCUUAAUGCGAUCAAUUCCCCGGGCUCGGAUAAGACUCAUAGCGAGUGUUCUAAUACAUCCGUAGCCUCGUCACUUUCCCAAGCCAACGCUAUCAACGGCAUUCAAGCUCGCUGGUGCUGUGGCGAGGAUGCAGAAUUAUUCCGCGAGCGUUGGGAAAAGCUCUUUGCCGAAUUUUGCGAUCACGAGAAAGUCGAUCCUAGCAAGAUUUCGGAACUGUACGAUACGAUGAAGUUCGACGCCCUACAUAACCGCCAAUUUCUUGAAUGGGUGUUCACUCCUCCAAAGCAUAUGCUUGAGGAAGAGUUCGGUAUCACUAUAAACCGAGAGGGCAAAACCUCGCCUAAAGAGUCUGAAGAGGGAGGUAAAAUAGCCGAUGAUAAGUCGGAUAAAAGCCAAAUCCUCGGAUCAUCGCCUGGGGAAAAGGUGGAUAAGUCAGAUCGGUCGGAGAGAGCCGAUAGAUCGGAGAAUACCAUGAAACGUAUAUUCCGCAGGAGAUCGUGGAUGAAACAUCCCCACGAGGUCGAUAGGCCUGCGGAAUAUUUCCACUUGCCUAAAGGUAACAACCAAACGAAGGCGAAGACAGACGAGUGUUUCGAGCCUCUUCGAGAGCUUUACCAACUUGCGAAGGUUUUGUUUGACUUCAUCUGCCCGCAGGAAUAUGGCAUCUCAGAUAGUGAAAAGCUCGAGAUUGGACUCCUGACAUCACUCCCUUUGCUGAAGGAGAUCGUCCAAGAUCUUGAGGAGAUGCAGGCGUCCGAUGACGCCAAGUCAUUCUUCUAUUUUACCAAGGAAUCGCAUAUCUACACAUUACUAAAUUGUAUCCUCGAGGGUGGUAUCGAAACGAAAAUCAACCGCAGGACCAUCCCCGAACUUGAUUAUCUCUCACAGAUCUGCUUCGAAUUAUACGAGUCCGAGACUAAACUUCCGGUAGAUGCAUCACUCGUUGACCAGCCUACCUUCAACUACAGUAUCCGCAUCACGAUCAGCCCCGGUUGUCACAUUUUCGACCCGCUCGAUAUCCAACUUGAUAGCAAACACUGCAUAGGAUGUGCGCCGCGUCGUAGCUUGACACCUCAUGCGGACUGGAAGAAGGUUAUUGAGACGCUCAGAGCCAAGUUUCAUCAAGUCAAACUACCCAAGACCUUCCUCGCAGUCAAUCUUUCGGACGCCUUCACGUUCCAGGAGAAGGAGCGGCAAAACUCCGAGACGGAUUGCCUCGAGAAGGAUUCCGGUGGCAAUGAGACAGAUAGCGACGGUCUUGAGAUGAAAAAACUGAGCUCUUCGCGGUCCUCGCCUACGAAGGUCGAUCCGCGUGGUGACGACACCGAGGAGGCAUCGAAAGUUAUUACUGACGAGCAGCAACAGCAAGUGCAACGACAGGUUCUUCCACCUCCCGCUGCAACGGUUAAUAAUGCGGCUGUUCUGCCUCCGGCCGCGAAUACGGCGGGAACAACUGCCCCUGGAUUAGAAGGUACCGAGGACGCAGGCACAGGCACAGUCACAGGCACAGUCACUAACACUAGCAUGACUACUACCACCACCACCUCUGUCGACCCUGAUCCAAAUAAGAUGGGAUGACGGGUUUCUGUCUUUCUGCAUGAGCGGCACGGAACUCGGAUGAGGAACCGGUGGAUUAAUAGGGGAGCAGUUAACUACCGGGACAGGUUCGUCGAUGAUACGGCUGCACCCCCCCCCGUUCCCUUCCCCUUUUCCCCCUCCCCUUCUCGCCUUUCGCCCGCUCGCGAGCGGUGAGCAAAUCCUCAUAAUUAGGACCGGGGAGGGGUCGGACGAAGUAAGACAAGCAUUACAUGCAGCAUUGUCAAGAAAGGGAAAAUUGUCCUGAG